CACCUUGAUCGCGGUUGCUUUCUGCCUUCGUAAUCUCCUGGCGAAUCAACCAUUCUCGACCUUUUUUCUAGAAUUUUCCAUCUCAGCCAUCGUCAAUCAAACGAUAGCUUCCGAUUUGCCCAAAAACCUCUGAAGCUGAAAUUUUCAGUUUGUCAUCCCUAGAAAUCUGAGAGAAUCGCAAAUCUUGGAUAUUCGUUUCUGGGUUUUCUUUCUGCUGAACUGAUUAGGUGAUGGGCGAGUGCAUCAUGGAGGACCUUCCGUUGCCCGCUCUCUUUGAACAAGCUCGGAAGAUCCACACGACUGUGACGGAGUCUGGGGCCGACCAGGAGCUUGUGAGGAAGGGAUGCGAGGCUCUGGAGAAGUGCGAGGAUAUGAUAAAUAAGCUGGGUUUAUUCUCAGCAAAUGAGACCAAAGAUGAUAUCAGUACAACGAAUCUCAAGUAUUCUCUGGUACCUUUUUAUCUUGCUGAGUUGACUGAGAGAAUAGCUCAGGAUGACAGGAUUCAGAUUCUUGUGGCUACCCAGGCCAAAAUAAAGGAAUUUAUCGCAUUUUGUGAGGCAAUGGAGCUUGUACCUGAAGAUGAGUUAGAAUCUUAUAUUCAAGGGGUGGCAAAAUCUGUUGCAGACCAAAGGGCUAGAAAGAUUGCUCGAUUUAAGCGUCAGAGAGCUGCAGAGUCUAAGUUGUUGGAGAUAAAGGAACGGAAGGAGCGACGUGGACGUUCUACAAAAGCAGCUGCAUUGUCCACUCCUGUUGAGGCAGGAGAGGAAGAAGUACUGGAUGAUGAUGGAGAAGAAGAAAGAGAGGCUUGGCUUACAACCAUAUCUCUGGCAAUCUGUAAGGCAUUGGAUUUGCUGGAAAUGUUAAAGAAAGAAGAAGAGGUGCUUUCUGCUAUAAAGGAGAGACAAUCUAAGGAUGGAGAUAAGGAAUUCUCUCAAGACAUUCUUGAUGAACGUGCCAAAAAAGCUGAAGCCUGGCAUCGUGAUUCUGCAGCUCGUGCAAAGUAUGCUAAUCCAGCAAUGCCAAUCACUUGUGCCACUUUUGCUCAAGAUGUUUUAGAAGGAAGAGCAAAUGUUUCCCAGGCGCAUGAUCACAAACACCAACCGUUAAUAUUUGGACCUGCCAGCCUUGUGAAUGGAAGCCUGACAAGUGAGAGGGAAAGAAUGGCAGCUAGGGUUUUCCAGCCUGGUUAUAGGAUGCCAACCAUGAGCAUUGAGGAAGCUGGGCUUAGAGAAAUGGAGAUGAUGAAUAAAUGGCAAGAGAGAAAUGCCAGACUCAUGGAAGAAGCCAAUUCAUCUUGGCAUAAUGAUAGGAAGUCAAGGCCAGGAGAAGAAGAAGAUGAAGAUGAUGACGCUGCGCAGGAGAAGGCAAGAGCCUGGGAUGACUGGAAGGAUGAUAAUCCUCGAGGUGCGGGCAAUAAGAAGCUUACCCCAUGUGGUUAAGGGGUAGUAAUUAUAUUCAUGUUGCAUGCAUGGCUAAUGAAUAGUGGGUUUAUGUAUGAUAAACCGUUGAUUGUAUUGAAAUCAGAUUUUGUAGUUGUCUAGUCAGAUGCUUAGUAUGAGAAGAUAUUUAUUUGAGUACAUGUAUAAUCGUAUGCUUUCUCGGUGUUGUUUCUUUGUGAUUUUUGUGCAAGUAGCUUUUCAACAAUUGUCAUUUACAAGAGGUGACAGUCCAUACAGAGCUUCGGGGACUAAUUUUCUACCGCGAAUGUAUUCAAGAGUGCGUGUUUUUUGUUUC